AAGAGUACCAGGACAGCAAGGAUUUCAACCAUUCCUGGAAGCAUCUUCGAACUGGCAUCGUUGUAUGGAAAGAUGCCAUUGAUUUGUCAGCAAGGCCAGGUGCCAAGGCAUUCUUCCACUACACGGAGGAACUACCUUUCAGGAACAUCACGGCCCUUGAGAAAGAAGCUGCAGAGGUAUGGGCCUCACUGAAAACAGAGGGAGAAACUGCAAACGCCUGGUGGGGGCGUGUACAGCGUCCCUAAAUCUCCCGAGCGAUGGGCAGACCGAAUGGAACUCUUAGAUAACAAUUUUGGAAAUAUGAUGAGGCGAGAUGUGGAACUUCAUGGUGAAGACUAUGUGAGGAGAGUGUAUCCACCACGUGCAUCGUUCUGCAUUCCUUUGCUCAUCGACCCAGAGAAUGCCUACGACAUUUCAGUGAGGCCAACGCCUGAGAUGGAGGCAGCAGGAAAGCCACCGGGCACGAAUCUCGCUGACAAGCUGUUGAAUGAGCCCGGGCAGCCCGAGCGCUGCUGUGUGGUUCUCCGGGUGGCUGGGGAGGAGGGAGUUACCAAUGCUCGAGCUCGCCUCUUACAUGCUCUCCGAGCACGUGCAGCGGCUGCUCACAGUCCUGGGCUCAAGAUUGAUGCCAAGGCGCGUUUGGGGGAUGCUCUGCUGAAGCGAGGCUACUUCCCGGAAAGCAAGAUCCUGCUAACAGAAGUUCUGGAGGCCCGUGAGCACACCCUCGGUGCGGACCAUCCUGACACAUUGCUCUCAGUCAACAAUUUGGCAAAUUGCCUCAAUGCCAGGGGCCAGCUGAAAGAUGCAGAAGCGCUCCUCAGGAGAGCUUUGGAGGCCCGUGAGCACACCCUGGGUGCCGAGCAUCCUCAAACAUUGCUCUCAGUCAACAAUUUGGCAAAUUGCCUCCAGGCCAGGGGCCAGCUGAAAGAUGCAGAAGCGCCCCUCAGGAGAGCUUUGGAGGCCCGUGAGCACACCCUCGGUGCGGACCAUCCUGACACAUUGCUCUCAGUCAACAAUUUGGCAAAUUGCCUCCAGGCCAGGGGCCGGCUGAAAGAUGCAGAAGCGCUCCUCAGGAGAGCUUUGGAGGCCCGUGAGCACACCCUCGGUGCGGACCAUCCUGACACAUUGCUCUCAGUCAACAAUUUGGCAAAUUGCCUCAAUGCCGGGGGCCAGCUGAAAGAUGCAGAAGCGCUCUUCAGGAGAGCUUUGGAGGCCCGUGAGCACACCCUCGGCCAGGGCCAGCUGAAAGAUGCAGAAGCGCUCCUCAGGAGAGCUUUGGAGGCCCGUGAGCACACCCUCGGUGCGGACCAUCCUGACACAUUGCUCUCAGUCAACAAUUUGGCAAAUUGCCUCAAUGCCAGGGGCCUGCUGAAAGAUGCAGAAGCGCUCUUCAGGAGAGCUUUGGAGGCCGGUGAGCGCACCCUCGGCGCCGAGCAUCCUCGCACAUUGGUUUUUGCCAAAAACUAUGCAGGUUGCUCAAGGGCCAGCGGUACUUGUAUCAUUUUGUAG